AUGUGGCCGUCGAAGCACUGCUAUAUCCUCCUCGCAUUACUUGCGAGCACCCAAAGCUUGAGCCGCGCUCAGGAGGAGACGCCCACGCCAAUUGGGUCGCUAAUCGGCUGGUAUAUUGGACCAAGCUCAACUGAGCGGUUGACCGCUGCAAGUCCGUGGGUCACGGUUGGAGAUUAUGCUGGCGAAUGCACCACCACCAACGCCGACCAGUGUGUCCUGCCGACCCGAUGCCAGGGCAACAUCUUGACAUGGGACAAUGGCGAGACUUUCAAUUGUGGAUCGGCGUUUUCCUGCGUGACGUUCACUAUAUUCGAGACCUCGCCGGCCGGUCUUCCCUCGGCGAGUAGCGUUGGAUGCUGGCAGAACUGGAGUGCAUGGACCGUGUAUCGUGAGCGUCCAAGCCCAGCGACAUCGUCCGAGUCAACGAGCACCACCACCACCACAACGACCACGUCCACCACCGAGCCCACCCCUACAGACGAUCCCGAGGAGGAAGAAAAUGACAAUGGUAGCAGAUCCUCGGAUCAAUCAUGGAUCGCUGGAGCUGUGAUCGGCCCGGUCGCGGGAUUCGCAAUCGUUUUCACGGCUGCGUUCGUUUACCUUCGGCGCAAGAAAUACCAGUAUGUCACGGUCCAUCCCGGGCAGGUACCACACGAUAGUACGUAUCGGAUACCUCACGACAGUACGUAUUACGGGCCUCCGAAGCACUAUUCAACUCCGUCAUCAGAGGCGUCAAGUUCGCGAUAUGGAUAUGCGCCGGUGGAAUACCCAAGUGAAAUUGCGGGCCACCAGACUUAUGAGAUGUCAUCAUCAUCGGGGUUGGUUGAAAUGCGAUGA